AUGAAUUUUAAUUUGGGAUUCAUUGGUGGCGGAAAUAUGUCUACAGCUAUAUUUAAUGGAAUAAUAAAAAGCAAUGUACAUCCUCCUUCAAAAAUUUGGGUGUCAGGCCCACAUAUUGAACAUCUUAAAUAUUGGACUGAAAAUGGAGCUACUGCAACAAUUGAAAAUGGUGUUGUAUUUGAUAAUUGUGAAAUAAUCUUCCUAGGAGUUAAACCCGACAAAUUGGAUACAGCUCUGAAAACUAUAAAUAAGACAGCUAAAAAUCUGACAAAGAAAGUCUUGUUCGUGUCCAUGCUAGCUGGAAAGAGUAUUGACACAAUCCAAAAGGCCAUCACUUGUUAUCUCAGCAGUGCUAGCAUUAGUGUAGUGCGCAUUAUGCCCAAUACUCCAAUGGCUGUUGGUGCAGGGAUAUGUAUAUACACACCAGAUUCGACAGUAUCUGACACUGAAUGUCACAUAAUAGAGACACUUCUUGGCAGUUCUGCUCUGUGUGAAAAAGUGCCUGAAAAUUUGAUGGGAUCUCUGGGUGCACUGAUAGGUUGUGGUCCAGCUUUUAUGUACUUAGUGAUUGAGGCACUAGCAGAUGGAGCCGUGAAACAAGGUGCGCCAAGAGCAUUGGCGCUACGCCAUGCUGCUCAGAUGGUUGCUGGUAGUGGUCAGAUGGUACUGAAGUCAGGCAAACAUCCUGGCUUAUUGAAGGAUGAAGUUUGUUCUCCUGGUGGAUCAACGAUUUGUGGCAUCAGUGCUCUCGAAAAUGGAUCUCUUAGAGCGACGAUGAUAAACGCUGUUGAAGCAGCGACACACAGGACUAAGGAGCUCGGAAAGUAA